CAGUCCUUUUUGUCAGGGAAGUUGUGGAGAUGUCCCCCUCGCUGCCUUGGCUCCUGCUGCUGUUUGGGCUCCAGGCUCUUCAGGCACAGGACUAUGAAGAGGACUAUGAAGAUGAGGUGGUGAUCCACAAGAAGCAGAGUAAACUCUAUUUGCCCAAUUCUGUACCUCAAAAUGGCCAAUCAGUCAUUGAUGAAAACUGCAGUUUGGAGUUAGCCUUUCUGAUUGACAGCUCAGAAAGCGCCAAGGACAACCAUGACCAGGAGAAGCGCUUUGCUUCAGAUGUGAUGGACCGGCUACAGGACCUCCGAUUGCAGACUGGCCGGGGUCUCCGCUCACGUGCCGCUGUCCUCCAGUACAGCAGUCAUGUCAUCAUAGAGCAGACCUUCAAGCAGUGGAAGGGCCCCCGAGACUUCAAGGCCCGAAUAGCUCCCAUUGUGUAUAUUGGCCACGGUACCUACACCACCUACGCCAUCACCAAUCUGACGCGCAUCUACCUGGAAGAGUCCACUUCCAAUAGCGUCAAGGUGGCCAUUCUGCUCUACGAUGGCAUCUCUCACCCCAGAAACCCGGACCUAUUUUCAGCUGUAGCUGAUGCAAAGAACCAGGGUGUCCGUUUUUUCACUAUAGGCAUCACACCUGAAGCCAAUGAACCUGCCAACAUAGCCCAGUUGCGACUAAUUGCCAGUGCUCCAGCCUCACGCUACCUUCACAAUCUGCAGGAUCCAGGCAUCGUGGACAAAGUUAUCAAGGAGAUAACUGAGUUGGCAGAUGAAGGGUGUCCUUUGGCCCAGAGCAUCUGUGCAUGUGAGAAGGGUGAGCGAGGUCCCAGCGGCCCUCCUGGUAAGAAAGGUCGACCUGGAGAGGAUGGAAGCCCCGGACAGAAAGGACAGAAGGGUGAGAAUGGACUCAGUGGACUUCCUGGUCGAGAAGGAUCAGAGGGAAAGCCCGGAUACAAAGGAGAGAAGGGAGAGAGAGGAGAGUGUGGCACUCCUGGUGUUAAGGGAGACAGAGGCCCUGAAGGCGGGGCUGGGCCAAGGGGAGACCGUGGACCUCAGGGUAUGGCUGGUCCACACGGUGAUAUCGGCCCUGAAGGUCCAAUGGGCAAAAAAGGGGAACGGGGACUUCCCGGGCCACCUGGAAUACAAGGGGAAACAGGGAUUGGCUUGCCAGGACCCAAGGGUGAUGUUGGAUUCAUGGGGCAACUGGGGCCUCCGGGUCCUCCGGGGAUUGGCGAGGCAGGACCACCGGGACCUCAAGGGCCACAGGGCAUCCAAGGAGAGAGGGGCCCCAUAGGAGAAGGACUCCCUGGACCAAAGGGACAACAAGGCUUGGUUGGGCCACGGGGGCCCAGAGGACAGCCAGGAGCUGGAAUCAAAGGGGACAAGGGGGAUUUUGGCCCUCCAGGGCUUCCUGGGCCCGUUGGCCUCCCUGGCAUAGGAAUACAGGGUGAGAAGGGUGUGGAGGGACCAAGGGGGCCACCAGGAAGCAGAGGACCACCAGGGGAAGGUUUGCCUGGACCCAAGGGUGACCACGGGUUGCCCGGUGAGACUGGUGCCCCAGGAGAAAGAGGGGCUGGAGAACCUGGAGCGAAGGGUGAACCGGGAGCACCAGGGAUGUCAGGUUUACCAGGGUUGCCAGGGGAGGAUGGAGCUCCUGGACAGAAAGGAGAACCAGGACCGAUAGGUCUUAGAGGGACAGAGGGAGCACCUGGAAUUGGAACGCAGGGUGAGAAGGGUGACCAAGGUCAAAGGGGUAUAAGAGGCUUAACUGGUCCACCUGGUAUCACUGGGCCCUCAGGACCGAAGGGUGAACCCGGGAUACCAGGCAGGUUGGGGUUACCUGGUUUACCAGGGCGUGGCAUCAUCGGUCCCAAGGGGGAUCCUGGCCCGAGUCCACCCGGUCCGAUUGGGGAGACAGGUUAUGGACUUCCUGGUCCAAGGUGAAACUCAGGAGACCGUGGAGGUCCAGGCCCUACAGGUCCAUUUGGUCCCAAAGGAGAGGGUUAUCCAGGCCUGAUGGGCCCUCCUGGUCUGCCUGGGCUUCCGGGAGAACCCGGCCUGGAAGGAGUGGGCAUCCCUGGACCAAAGGGAGACGUUGGUUUCCGAGGAUUGCCCGGUUUACCAGGACCUCAGGUGAAGGCCCUCCAAGGACCUCCGGGUAACACAGGACGACCUGGACCACCAGGGCCAACUGGGCCUCCAGGACAAGGUGUACAAGGACCGAAGGGCGAGCAGGGGUCCCAGGGUGUGCCAGGGCCACGUGGCCAACCUGGAGAGGGCUUCCCUGGGGCUAAAGGUGACCGUGGUGCAGCAGGAGAGAGGGGAAUGAAAGGAUUUAAGGGAGAUGUGGGUGACCCUGGAGUCCCAGGAGAAUCUGGUCGACCUGGUGUCAAAGGUGAAUCUGGGCUCACUAGGGAGGAUGUCAUUCGAAUGAUCAAAGAAAUCUGUGGAUGUGGAAUAAAAUGUAAGGAGAGGCCUAUGGAGCUGGUGUUUGUCAUUGACAGCUCAGAGAGUGUGGGUCCAGAGAACUUUGAGAUAAUUAAGGACUUUGUAACAGCAUUGGUGGACCGUGUCACAGUGGGCCGGAACUCCACAAGGAUCGGCCUGGUACUGUACAGCCUGGAGGUGAAGUUGAUGUUUAACUUGGCCCGUUUCGUAACCAAAGAGGACAUCAAGCAGGCCGUCAGGAACAUGCCCUACAUGGGAGAAGGGACCUACACCGGCACAGCUAUCCGAAAGGCCACACAUGAAGCCUUCUAUAGCUCCCGAUUAGGAGUCAGCAAAGUGGCUAUUGUGAUUACGGAUGGGCAGACUGAUAAACGAGAGCCGGUCAAGCUGGACAUAGCGGUGCGAGAGGCUCACGCUGCCAAUAUUGAGAUGUUUGCUCUGGGGAUUGCCAAUACGUCGGACCCAACGCAGGCUGACUUCCUGCGAGAGUUGAAUCUAAUCGCCUCUGACCCAGACAGCGAGCACAUGCUCCUCAUUGAUGACUUCAACACGCUGCCCGCUCUGGAAUCCAAGCUGGUCAGCCAGUUCUGUGAGGAUGAGAAUGGUGCUCUGAUUUACAACCGAGUGACUAACGGCUACAACACCUACAGCAACAACGGCAACAGGAAUGCCAUCAAUGGAAACUAUGGUGGUGGUUAUGGCUACCGACAUACCAAUGAGCAGGACCUGAACGGACGUCAGACCGGUAUCAGUGUCGGCGACAGGUCUCACAGCCACAGCCACAGAGGCAGAGCAGAGACGACUCAGCAUGGCGGCCAAUUAUUGAUCACCGAACACGGAGGAGGAGGUCAGACCGUGCAAACGGUGUCAACAGACCAAGAAAGUGGGCGUGGCGACACGUUUGUAGUCAACGUCUUGCCAAUCAAACCAGUGUCUCCUCCCAGAGAAGGCUCCUCCUCCAGCACACGGGGCUCCUCUUCAUCUUCAUCAUCUACAAACAGAACCACAUCAUCAUCAUCAUCAUCAUCGGUUGUUUCAGUACAUAAAGUUCCGGCCCCAAGACCGGCUCUUCCCAAAGAAAUUGUACCUUUGGACCCACGCUGUGCCUUGGUUCUAGACCAGGGCACAUGUCGUGACUACAACAUUCGCUGGUAUUAUGACAAACAGGCCAAUGCGUGCGCACAGUUCUGGUAUGGAGGCUGCAAUGGAAACAGGAAUCGCUUUGACACCGAAGAAGAGUGCAAGAGGACGUGUGUGUUAUCUCGAGCCACAGGAGGCUGAGUCCAGGCAUGUGGGGCACAUCUGCUGUAGAUAUUUUAAGGAGGGGCAGCUGGGUUUUUUGUUUGUUUGUUUAAUUUUUUAUUUUUUUACAGCCUGUGAUAAAUUUCCACAUCAUUCUAUGGCACAUACAUGUACACUGAUGUUUCAGAAUUUAGAAAGAGGCUGUUAUGUUUGUGUGUGGUGCACGCACGUCGACACACUGCCCCGUCUUUCACCUCUUAUUGUACUCAUCUAGUUAUGGCAUCGUUCUGAUGUGCACUGUAUCUCCUUUGUGUUGUUUUUCACUCAUACAUACAUCAGCAGCUAAUAAGGGAGAUGUUCCAUCACUCCUACUCAGGAAUAGAGACAAGCACACGCGGCAUGUUUUGACUCGCCGGAGGAUUUGGCGAGAGACUUGGCGAUCAGCGUGGAAACAUAUUGUGUAUUCAAAUAUUGUGAAAAAUGAACUGUUUGCUCAACAGGACCAUUAAUAGCUGUGGUUUGUCAUCUUUGUCAGACGCAAUGUGGAGCGUAACCUCUCAUUUCUUUUAUUCAGAGCCACAGGAAGCUGUAUUAUCACUGGGAAACAAUGCCGGUGUU